CGGAAAACAUGUGCCCGAUGUUGGUGGUCCUUGCGUUGGCCGCGAGUGUGCUGGCCGGGAAGACCAGCUCGAGCUCCAAGUGUCAGGAGAAGUCCCUCACGACGGCCAGCGGUGUGAAGGCCCCGUCAGGUCCGUUCUGCCCGGGAGAUCUCAUCUUCGAGGACACAUUCGAUGGGUUCGAUCUGGAUACCUGGCAGCACGAGAAUACUCUCGCGGGGAACACGGACUCGGAGUUCCAGUGGUUCACGAACAAUCGGUCGAACUCUUUCGUCAAGGAGGGCAACCUGUUCAUCAAACCGACCCUGACGGUCGAUGAGUUCGGUGAGCCGUUCCUACGGUCGGGCGUGCUAAACAUCCACGGAGGCUCUCCGGCCGACCAAUGCACGAAACACUCGGCCGGUGGCUGCGAGCGGCGGGGCACCCACGGGCAGGUGCUGAACCCGGUCAAGAGUGCCAGCAUCCGAACGGUGGACUCGUUUGCGUUCCGGUACGGUAAGGUGGAGGUAAGCGCCAAGCUACCGGCCGGCGACUGGUUGUGGCCCGCCGUCUGGUUUCUGCCGAAAGUGAGCGCCUACGGGCGAUGGCCGGCGUCCGGGGAGAUCGAUCUGCUGGAAUCGAAGGGCAACCGGGACCUAAUCAAGAACGGCAUAAACGUCGGAAUCGAACAGGUUACGUCGGCGCUCAAGUUUGGCCCGAACGUGGCCUACAGCUCGCCGGAACUGGCGACCCCGGGUACGUCGUUCACACGGAACUCGGAGUCGGGCAAGGGUUACCAGACCGGGUUCCACCGGUACCAGAUGGAGUGGACACCGGACCACAUCACGUUCAGCAUCAACGACAUCGAGACGGGCACGGUGAAGGUCGGCACCGGGUUCUGGCAGAAGGGUAACUUCAAUAUCAGUGCCCCGGGGCUGGAUAAUCCGUGGCGCUACGGCAGCAUUAUGGCACCGUUCGACCAGGAGUUCUACUGUCAGGUGACGCUGGCGGUCGGCGGGUUCGAGCACUUCUCGGACGACGACAUCAACCCGACGCGCAAACCGUGGCAGAAUGGGUCCCCGAGCGCCAUGACGGACUUUUGGAACGGCAAGAACGAUUGGCUGCCGACGUGGAACCUGGACGACGCCGAGUCGAAGGAUGCGUCGAUGCAGCUGGACUACGUGCGAGUUUGGGCGCUCUGAAGCGAGCCACGGCACGGGGAGGCAAUACCAGGCGGUACUGCUACCGAGCGUACCCA